AUGGCCAAUUGCCGGACUACCGUCUUGAUUGUGGGUGCCGGCUCGACUGGGCUGGCCCUUGCACAAGGAUUGACCAAGGCGGGCAUUGCCUGCAUUGUGGCCGAGAAACAUGCCAAUCUCCACAUGUACGCGCGGGAUUGGAACAUGGGCCUCUUUUGGGGAGUGGACGCAUUCCGUAGCCUGCUACCGGACGGCGCCUGGGAGCGCAUCCAGUCCGUCCAGGUCGAUCCCAAUACGCCCACAGCGGCGGAGGACUGGCUGAAAGUGAUCAACGCGCAAUCUGGCGACCAGAUUGCCGCUCUUCGCAUCCCGUUCUUCUACCGCCUGCGCCGGAGCAAGUUACGCCAGUUUCUAGCGGACGGCCUGGACAUCCGCUAUGGCAAGAAACUAACGGCCAUCGAGUUCGCUCCUGGCGGCGGGCAGGCCAGCGCGGUUUUUGCCGAUAGAUCGCGCAUUGCCAGCAGCCUCAUUGUGGGAGCUGACGGCGCGCACUCGACAGUGCGACAGCUCCUGCUAGGUCCAGUCCUGAGUGCCCCUCAGAGAUUACCGUACUGUGCAACCUUUGUCCAGGCCCGGUUCUCGCGCGAGCAGGCGCUCUUCCUGCGCGGAUUCCAACCGCUCUAUUUGUCCGGGAUCAGCCCAACCAACCGCUAUGCCUUCUUCGGCAUGCACGACGUGGCCGAUCCAGAGCGCCCUGAGACAUGGACCUUUUUCUUCUACAUCUCCUGGGAGUCGCCGAUGGCGGAGCAAGACCUCACGGCACACUGGUCUAACAGCCAGCGUCUGCAGCAGGUCAAAACUUAUGCCCAGGAGUUGACGAAUCCGUGGCGGAGCGCCGCCGUCUGGCUGCCGGACGGCCAUCCCGUGUGGUACAUGGGCCUGACGAACUUUGAUCCAGGCGCCAAGGGUCACCGGUGGGAUAGCCACGGCGGUCGAGUUACACUGGCCGGCGACGCUGCCCAUGCCAUGACCUACCAGCGUGGCCAAGGGUUGAACCACUCCAUUACGGACGCUGCCAACCUGUGCCGGGCAAUGACGGACGUCGCAACCGGCACCAUAGUCCAGGCUGCCGCCAUACGUGCUUACGAAGACGAGAUGAUCCAGCGCGCAGGCGACGAGGUGCGUACUUCGGCACAAAACACGGCCAUGUUGCACGACUGGGAGAGUGCUCGUGGGUCUCCGAUUGUGAGGACUGGUCUGCAGCCAAAUCCCGAGGUGAUGACAGAAUGA